ACACGUUCCGCCGUCGUGCAGUCAUGAAGUAUCCAUGAACUCCGGUUAAACUAUCAUUUCCAGAUCGCCGUCGAUGAAAAAGGUUGCCGGAGGAAGAAGAAAUAGUCAUUAGGCAUUAGAAGUGUAGCUAGAAUGGAGGUAAUCAUGACAUCUCCUGUUCAGGAGUGUUUAAUGAUGGAAAAUGGUGGAGGUGAUGAUUCUGCUAAGCUGACUAAAUCAAAAAAAAGGAAGCAGAAAAAAAAGAAACAUGCAGCAUCAGUUCCAAUUUCUGGUGAUGCAAAUACAGGGUCAAAAAGAGAAGAUCAUAUGGAAACUUCUAGUAACACAAUGAUCUCAGAUAAAAUUGCAACUCCUGAUGCAAAGAUAGUGUCAAAAGGAGAAGAGGACACAAAAGUUGUCAAUGGUGAAAUGGGUUCAGGUACAACUGCAACAGAUAAUACAAUGUCAAAAAAGAGAAAGAGGCCGAGAAAAAAGAAGAAUCAAGCCUCAAAUGACAUGGUAACUGUAGAGAAAGAUUCAAGUAAAACUGCAACUGAUGAUGUGAAGAAAAUGGUGUCAAAAGGAGAAGAUCAUAUGGAAACAUCUAGUAACAAGAUGAUCUCAGAUAAAACUGCAACCCCUGAUGCAAAGACAGUGUCAAAAGGAGAAGAUGAAACAAAAGUUGCAAAUGGUGAAAUGGGUUCAGGUACAACUCCAACAGAUAAUACAAUGCCAAAAAAGAAAAAGAGGAAGAAAAAAAAGAAAAAGAAUCAAGCCUCAGACGACAUGGUAACCAAUGGUGAAAUGGUUUCAGAUACAACUGCAACAGAUAAUAGAAUGUCAAAAAAGAGAAAGAAGAAUCAAGGCUCAGAUGACAUGGUAACUGUAGAGAAAGACUUGAGUAAAACUCCAACUGAUGAUGUAAAAAUGGUGUCAAAAGGAGAAGUGGACACAAAAGUUGUCAAUGUUGAAAUGGUUUCAGGAACAACUGCAACAGAUAAUACAGUGCCAAAAAAGAAAAAGAGCAGGAAAAAAAAGAAGAAUCAAGAAGCCUCAAAUGACAUGGUAAAUGUAGAGAAAGAUUCAACUAAAACUGCAAUUACUGAUGCAAAAAUGGUGUCAAAAGGAGAAAAUCACACAAAAGUUAACAAUGCAAACAAGGGUUUAAUUAAAACUACAAAAAGUUAUAAGAAUGGUAGAGUAAUAGAGCAAAAGAUUCAUAGAUCAACUGAAAGAGGACAAAAUAAAGAUAAACAAGAAGGAAAGAAACAUGAAGUUUUUUAUGCAAGUAUGGGUGCAAAAAGGGUAAAGAUGGAAAGUGUAAUACAAACAGGAAAAGAGAAGGUAUCUGGAACUACAAAACCAGGGAAAAAGCUUCUGAUUUUUGAUAUAAAUGGAUUGCUUGCAGAUAUUGUGUCACCUCGCCCACAAGAUGUGCAAGCAGAUUAUUAUACUCCAAAACGAGCAAUAUUCAAAAGACCCUAUUUGGAUGGUUUUUUGCGGUUUUGUUUUGAGAGAUUUAAUGUUGGCAUCUGGUCUUCAAGAACAAAGCAAGUUUUGUACCCAGUGGUUGACUUUUUGUUAGGAGAUUUAAAGAAGAAUCUCCUUUUUAUUUGGGAUAAUUCAUUUUGCACGAAUACAGGGAUGAAAACUCUUGAAGAUAAAUACAAGCCAAUGGUUUUCAAGGAUUUGAGAAAGAUUUGGCUGAAAUGGGUGGAAGGAACUUUUCAUGAAUCAAAUACAUUGCUGUUGGAUGAUUCUCCAUAUAAAGCAUUAUUGAAUCCUAAGAAUACUGCAAUCUUUCCUCUAUCUUACAGCUACAAGGAUAGGAAUGAUGACUUUCUAGGUCCCAAUGGUGAUCUUCGAAAGUAUCUUGAAGGGUUGGCAGACACUGAAGAUGUAAAGACGUAUGUAGAGCAACAUCCUUUUGGCCAAUCUGCUAUCGAUCAAACACACCCAAGUUGGGCCUUCUAUGCAAAAGCUCUCAAGAGUCAAAAAUAGUAUAAGUUAACCAACAUAUGAUACAACUCUAAGUAGCACAAAACACAAUACGAACUUAACUCAAAAUUUGUUGUAGAUGAAAAGUAGUUGCUGCCUUUUGUAGUAGUGAAAAC